AUGUCAGGCACAGCAAUAAGACUGCGACAAUUUGUAGAUACAUCACCACAAAUGCCUCCAGGGUAUAUUCUACAUCAGGGAAAGGAUGUCACUGGUUUCUAUCCAGGGCAAACGGCAAGGGUCCAUUAUGAAUAUCCUCCUGAAAAUGAGAGAAGGUAUGAAAUAAAAAUGCAGACAGUCCCAGUAAAACAUGAAACUGUACUUCAGCAUGGCUAUGACUAUUUAGUUCUGAAGCAAUAUAUUCACUACCAGAGGACCAAGAAGAAAGUCAGUGACUGGAGUACAACAACAACAUACAGAGAAUCAUUCACAUUGCCAUUUUACAAAUCAGACAUUGCUGAGGAUUAUCAUCCAAAAACUGAUGCUGAAUCACAGUCUGUUUGGAAAAGUUUUUCUGCAAAGAAGAAAGACAAAACUAAACCUUCAUUUAUGGGAGUUUGA